CGCUUAUGGCAUUUCUGUCCUCUUGCUGCUGCUGCUCGGACUCCACGAGCUGUUCUCACCCAAAAAAAAAACAUAACAAUUAGAGCUACUUCUGGGUGAUAAAUGAUUUGAUCCUUCAUGAACGCGGCUGAUUUUAGGAUGUUUGGGCUUUUGUGUUGGUCUAAAUGGAUUUGUCUGAACUGGAACAUUUUACCGAUCUGCUGCGUUUCUUUGUCAGAAGUCCUAAAAGUCGGCACGGUUGGAUUUCAGCCGCGCAACGGAGCAGAGAGGGUCAAGAGGAAAGUGAGGCCGGGUGAAUUUGGCGCAGACCGCUUUCCGUUUGCAGGUAAACUGGGGGCCAAGGUGCGAGCUGAGCCGCCUAUGAUACCAACAACCCGGAUGGAAAUAACUUUAAUGUGGAAUCCUCACAGAGUUUUGCAGCGGAGGCUGAGAGUAGAGACAGAUUGGCAUUUUAUAUUAUAACUUGGAGGCAAGAAGGACACGUCAGGCACUCGGUGCGUAACUGAGGGCUAGAAGACCGAGAAUCAGGAGCGCACCGGUAGAGAGAGAGAGAGAGAGAGAGAGAAGAGAGAGAGAGAGAGAGAGAGAGAGAGAGAGAGAGAGAGAGAGAGAGAGAGAGAGAGAGAGAGAGAGAGAGAGAGAGAGAGAGAGAGAGAGAGAGAGAGAGAGAGAGGGAGAGAGAGAGAGAGAGAGAGAGAGAGAGAGAGAGAGAGAGAGAGAGAGAGAGAGAGAGAGAGAGAUGUCUAGAGAGGAGAGGUAUUCCGAGGUGGAGCUCAGUCCCGGUAUGUCAGAUGACAGCCGGUCUCUGUCACCGGGUCACUCUUCCGGUGCUGCCGGCGGGAGCGACUCACCCCUUCCCGGGCAGCAGCCACAGCUGGCGGCUCUGGACGACGCGUAUGCGGGAUGCUCUUCCAUUAAAUCAGACGACGAAGAGGAGCGCUUCCCCUCCGGGAUCCGCGACGCGGUGUGAGCCAGGUGCUCAACUGCUACGACUGGACUUAUCGUGCCCGUGCCAGUGCGCGUGAGCACGGGAAGCAAGAGCAAAUCGCACGUGAAGAGGCCCAUGAACGCCUUCAUGGUGUGGGCGCAGGCGGCGCGGAGGAAGCUGGCCGACAACACCCCCCACCUGCACAACGCGGAGCUCAGCAAGACCCUGGGGAAGCUCUGGAGGCUUCUUAACGAGAGCGACAAGAGGCCCUUCAUCGAGGAGGCGGAGAGGCUGAGGAAGCAGCACAAGAAGGAUUACCCGGACUACAAAUACCAGCCGCGACGCCGCAAGAACGGGAAGCCCGGCUCCAGCUCGGGAAGUGAGGCCGACGGCCAUUUGGAGGGUGAGAGCCACAGUCCUCCCACACCCCCUACCACCCCGAAAACUGAACCCCUGUCUGGGAAGGUAGGGGAAGGUAAGAGGGAGGGCACUGGAAACGUUGGAUCCCGGGGGACUCUGGGAGCAGAAGGAGGCUCAGGCCCUCCUGGAUCUGGAAAACCUCACAUCGACUUUGGAAACGUGGACAUCGGCGAGAUUAGCCACGAGGUGAUGGCCAACAUGGAGCCUUUUGACGUCAAUGAGUUUGACCAGUAUCUCCCCCCGAACGGGCAUCCAGGGGUUGGGCAGAUAGGCGGGAUGGGAGGAGCUGCGGCAGCGUCUCCAGCCUCUCCGUACACCUACAGUAUAUCCUCUGCUCUGGCGGCGGCCAGCGGACACUCGGCCACCUGGCUCUCCAAGCAGCAGCAGCAGCAGCAGCCACAGCAGCACCAUGGCUCUCCUCUAGGCUCCGACUCCUCCAAGGUCCAGAUCAAAAGUGAGGCUGGAGGUGCUGGGGGUCUCUUUGCAGAAGCAGCCUCAGCUGGGACUCAUGUGACCUACACCCCACUCAGCUUGCCUCACUACAGCUCCGCCUUCCCGUCGCUGGCCUCAAGAGCUCAGUUUGCAGAAUACGCUGACCACCAGGCCUCAGGGACGUACUACAGCCACUCCGGCCAGGCCUCGGGGUUGUAUUCGGCCUUCUCUUACAUGGGGCCCUCCCAGAGGCCCCUGUACACUGCCAUCACUGACCCAACCAGUGCGUCGCAGUCGCACAGCCCCACGCACUGGGAGCAGCCCGUCUACACCACCCUGUCGCGGCCAUGACAGAUACAGAGACCAGAGAACACUGGUGCAGGUCCAGCCCCGGAGUCAGAGCAGAGGGGAGUAAGCAGCUACAGCAACGGAGGCGAUCUGAUCUGGGGAGAGUUGGCAGGCACUGGGGGUGUCCGCUGGGGAGGCAGGAGUGAGGAACACACCUCCUUCUGAGGAGAAAAUGUGGUCACACCCCAAGGCUGAGCUUUGAGUGAGUUGCUUCAGAAGACCCACACCACUGCAACACAGUUAAGGACACUCCGAACAACACAGGUUCAGGGGUCAGGGGUCAGUUAGUCCACAACCCUUCCACAUGCCAACAUGGUCCUCGAUCAGUGUCACACAGGUUGGGAGGGAGAAGAAACCGAAUUUAUCCUGUAAGAAAAGAUUUAAACGCCACGAGGCUGGAAUGCCAAUCGAUUUGUCAGCCGUUUACUUCUGAAACAAAAAGCUGUAAAUGUUCUAACUGCAACUAAUCCUGGAUCUGGUCGAAUCAGAUGACAAGCACAGCGAGCAGACGUGAAGCCCUGAAGACCAGUGGUGGACCAAGGAUUUUUCUGACCCUGGGGCCAUUAAGGGGGCAACAAUAUUUAGAGAGGGGGCAAGUAGUAUUCCAGCAUCCUUACACACAAUCCCAGGUUUUGAAGUACUUGAAUGUUACAGUUUUUUUUUGUUUUAUUGCAAACAAACAAAAUACCAAGACACACGGCCUUUGAGAUUUCAGCAUUGUUUUUGUAUUUUUAACCACAAAUGGUAUCAGUGAAAAGUUUGUUUGUGGGUGAAAUAAAACACCCAAAUUCACAUUUGGUUCAUUAGCACUACUAGAGUUUGGGCUUGGAAUUACACCCAGCUAUACUCUGACCAUCAUGCAAACAACAGAGAAGUGAUGGGGCACUUCAGGGGGGGCUGGCCAAACUUCAUCAAGGGGCCAGUGCCCCAACAGCCCCGCCCCUAGCACCGCCAAUGCUGCAGACGUGUUACAAAGUGAUGCGUGUAUUUUGACAGAACCGGUUUUUCGUUACGACAGAUAGACGGAGAUAUAAACGAACACGGAGGCAGAGAGGUAGAAUAUUUGUGAAAUGACCAAAGUUUUGAAACCAAAAUGUUUUGUAAGAAACUGAUUUAAAGUCGUUUCUCCCGACAUCAAAACUACCUGACAUCUAGCAGAUAAGAAUGUUACAACUUAUCAGCAGUUUCGCGUAUUUACUUUAAAACUGUUCACUUGUGUCAAAAUUUGUGUUUUUGUUUUCCGUUAGCACUGAAAAUUGUGACAUUUUUCAAUGUGUUUUCAGCGAAUUUGUGUCUAAAGGUCACAAUGACAAUAAUUUUACAGAUAUUUAAGAAGACAUUUGAGAUUUUUAGCUACAAUGAACGCUGGUUUUGCUUUUUGCUCGACUGUUCUUUAACAUUUCGCUACAAAAACUGUGUUUGCAGUGUUAAUAUUUACAUUUUCUGUUAUUAAAAAUUAAGAAACUAUAAAAACUUUAGGACGACAUAAGAAACAGCUACAAUAUAUGAAUGCAUCCUAAUAUAAGCUGCAAAAUGUGCCUUGUUCUCAGCAGCAUGCUAACUAAUGGGGCAGGAGGGGAAAUCCCUCUCCUUUACGCUUUUUUCAUUCUAUUUGAUUGUUUAUACCUUUAUUUCAUUUACUAUCUUUAAUUUCUCUUCAUUAGUAACUUUGCUUUUCUAAAAUAUGUUGAAAACAGCAAAAUCUUCAUUCAGAAAGUAAAAAAAGGAACUCAUCUGCUUUGCUUUGUUUACAUAUUAGAAUAUUACAGCUCAGUUAAAAUACUUUUAAUUUAAAGCAUAAAUACUUAUUUAUGUGUGUUUCAUGUUAUUUGCACAGUUUUUUCUCAUCAUGAAGAAAUCCUUGACUGUUGCCUCCAUGUUCACGGCUUUCAGCAACGUUACACGGCUGUAAAACACUUUAUAAAUAACACACAAAAGCCUUAACUUGUGACGAUGACUAACGAUCUUUUACUCUCUUGUGAAAUAAAGCUCUUUUUUCUG